UAAAGAAAAGACGUCCACGUGGCUUUUUCACAUACCGCACUCAGAUUGAAGCUUAAGGACCCCCACCACCUUAACUCUACUUACCUGCGACUUGGGAGUGCUUCCUAGGCCCGUAGAAUCAACCAAUGGAUCCUGCACUGCGUCCGACAAUACGAAGGAAAAGCUCUGCCCAGAAUUUACUCUCAUCUUUCAAGGCUCCUGGGCAGCCAGCAAGUCAACCGCCAUCAGCUCCAGUCAAUCCACCGCCAUCGACUUAUCUUCCUCCUUCGAUCCCACAGACACCCACAACAGCUACACCCACCACGGUGGCGAGAGAAUGGGACGCCCAAAGUCUAUAUUCAGAAUCAAUACCUACGCCUUCAGUAGGACAAAGUACUUCCGACGAGUACCUAAGGGAUCUAAUUCAGAAAAGGAUUCUGACAUUGACUUACAUUCGGAAUAUACAUGAAGGUCGAAGUCAUUGGUUCCACACCAUUCUCAUCUCGCGGGCAGACCUAGACAAAGAGUUCAAUAAUAAUGACAUGAAAAAGCGGACAUAUAGUUUUGCAAUCCUAGGCUUAUCUCUAUCUAACGUACUGGAUAUUCAUCAACCCCAAGACCUCCUCCGAACCCUGUUGUCUCUCCUAGUCGAGUACGACCUAGCCAAACCCGAAGACCUCGAUAAAAACAGACUCAAACCAACCAAACGUUUAUUUGGAGCCCGUAUAAAAACCGGAAAACGUGCAGGUACCGGCGUCGUCACCGAAUACUCAAGCUCCUAUGUCGAUACCUCCGGAGACGCGUCGUACCUCACGACACCCCAUCUCCCUUUUCCUCUAGACUACCACCAAACGCUCGUAUCCCUCCUAGACGUUCUCUCAGAGGUGUAUAACAAGAUCGCCAAACUCAUCGGUCCCUCUGCAUUACCCCACUCGUCCCAAUACAUGAUGGGUCCUCUCGGUUUGCUAGCUCCUCAUCCUGGAGUUUCGUACCUCUUCUCACCGCCCGAUCCUGCAGCAGCAGCACCGCAAGCGGCGGCAGGAUCGGAAUCGCCUAAUUUGAAUUCGAAUUUUGGUAAUACGGGAUUUAGAGGUUCAGCGUUGAGUAAUGCUGGGAGUCCCAUACCUGUUCCGUCGCAAACAGCGUUUAUAGCUGAUCUCGAGAACGGAUAUGGGCUUGGGGCCGGGGAUUCAGGAUCGUUGAGUGCGAGUCUUUAUGAGAUCGCGAAUGGUGGUCCGAUGAACUAUCAUGGGCAGGGGACGAGUGGGAGUACGGGGUGGUCACCGACCUUUGGAGACAUGGUAUUGAAGAUUGAUGGAAAAUUCAAGAAAUUAACCUCCACGCUUCUGAAAGAACUAGACGGGUUUGCGCGAGCGGGUAUCAAGGACGAGCUCGCGUCUCUAGACCCUCUUUUGAGAAAUAUCAAGAUGCCGGAUUUAGAUUUUGAAGGGAUGUAGGGAUGGUGUUCUUGUAUGGUUGAUUUUUUCUGCCCAAAAUAUACCCACCCGAAACAUAUACACCUUAUGCGAUUUUUUUCCUCCCUUGUUUAUUUCCUUCUUUGGCUAGGCAUACUUAAAGCCAUCACCACGGAAGGAAGGGGCUUUUAUAAGCCUCCUGGGAUCGGUUGGAAGAACGUCAACUGCAACUGAAGUGAUCGCCAUGCAACACUUCGUUGGAAAAUUACCCAGCGGAAAGUUCCUUGGGCUGUUCACUGAGGUGGGAUAGCAUGACCGGGGAGGAGGAGUAAUCGCCAUACACCGAUUGUGAGGGUGGACCUUCGCAGUGGGGGUAUCAGGUGCUCAGGUGUAGAUGGGAGGCCCCUCACUGUUGUCAUCUACUACGGUAGAGACUGUUUGAGGCGAACAAGGCGCACGUAUAUAAAUGGUACAUUGCGAGUCGAACGUCAUAACAUUCUACAUACAAAAGCCUGCAGCUGUUGUGCAUAAAAAGCAAUCAAUUGCCUCCGAGUUUGGGUAAUUUCUGUUAUCUCGG